AUGGACGCGUGCAAGGGAUGGACGCGUGCAAGGGAUGGACGCGUGCAAGGGAUGGACGCGUGCAAGGGAUGGACGCGUGCAAGGGAUGGACGCGUGUGCAAGGGAUGGACGCGUGCAAGGGAUGGACGCGUGCAAGGGAUGGACGCGUGUGCAAGGGAUGGACGCGUGCAAGGGAUGGACGCGUGCAAGGGAUGGACGCGUGCAAGGGAUGGACGCGUGCAAGGGAUGGACGCGUGCAAGGGAUGGACGCGUGCAAGGGAUGGACGCGUGUGCAAGGGAUGGACGCGUGCAAGGGAUGGACGCGUGCAAGGGAUGGACGCGUGUGCAAGGGAUGGACGCGUGCAAGGGAUGGACGCGUGCAAGGGAUGGACGCGUGCAAGGGAUGGACGCGUGCAAGGGAUGGACGCGUGCAAGGGAUGGAUGCGUGCAAGGGAUGGACGCGUGCACUUUCAGUUGAUGGGCUGGAUUCAAGAGUGCCUUUCUUGCCCUACUGGAGGCGGCAAUGGAGCAAGGGUAGAGUUCACAUGGCUGGUGAGUGCUGUGAGCUCAGAUAUGUCGUCCUUCAACAGGCCCUGCCGGCGUUGA